AUGUUAAUAUAAAUAAUUUUGUUAAGUGUGGGUUAUGCACAAUUAGAGUAUGUAAAGGAAGUGAUGAAUUUAUUAGCAGACCAAGAAUGCAAUUUUAAAAACAGAAUUGUUUAUGGACAAUAAAAACUUCAUCACUUAUCAGGAAUUUACUUUUGUGAUUCUUAUGCCAAAAGAACAUGUUGCAGCUAACAAAAUCUAGAAGAACUCAAAUUUAAAUGGUACAGAGAAUAGCAAUAAGCAGUCGAACUCACACAAUAAUGUUAGGAAAUAUUUAUCAAGACCAUUUGUUCAGAUUGCGAUGGAGAUAUUGGACAACAAAUAAGGGUUGGGUUCUGUCCUAAAUAUUGCAGUCAAAUGUAUCAUGCUUGUUAGAACGACUUAUUCUAAUAUGAUGAAAAAACUUAGAAAUUAAGGCUAUGCUAUUAAAAUGACGUGUUUUGUUCCGAACUGAGAAAUAUUGUAAAUAGCGGAGAUCAAUUCUGUACUUCAUUAGGAUAUAAAGUGAAUUCUUAUUCAAAUAUAGAUGAGUGGUUGGAAAAUAAGUAUUUGAAUUUAUCUACAAAUCCUUUGUGUUGGGAUGGCACUCCUUCGCAUAGAAUAUGGGGAGCUGAUAAGAAGUUGCCAGAAACGAAAGUAAAUACUAAGAGCAAGAAGUAACAUACAAAAGAGGAAUAACAAUCCAACUUGGGACUUUGGAUAUUUACUGUGAUUGUCAUAAUUGUGGUAGCAUAUCUUGCAAAAAUAUUGUCAAAAAAAUGA